AUGGUAAACAAUAAAACACAAUGUUUUACAUGUAACAAAGAUAAAAUAACAUAUCUUUGUGGAGGAUGUUUGAGAAACUUUUGUUUAGUGGAUUUAACAGAACAUCGUCAAAUAUUGAGUGAAGAACUACAUCUUAUUAUUAAUGAUUACGAUCAAUGUAAACAAAUAUUUAGUGAACAAAAACCAAAUUCACAUGAUCUUUCUUUAAUAGAUCAAAUUAAUCAAUGGGAAACAGAUUCAAUUGAUAAAAUUAAACAAAAAGCCCAGGAUUGUAGAAAUAUUAUCAUUGGAUAUUCACAAACAUUUUUAAAUGAUAUUGAAAUAAAAUUUAAUGAUUUAUCUGAGCAAGUGAAACAAAUUCAUGAAGAAAAUGAAUUUAAUGAGAUUAAUUUAAAUUACCUAAGAAUUCAGUUAAGAAAAAUUACAGAAGAACUAAAUAAUCCAUCAACUAUUUCUAUAGAAGAAGACUCUCAACCAUUUAUCAAUGAAAUUUCAAUUAUUUCAUUAGAAAAAAAACUAAAAUUCAAGAAAUGGAAACAAAAUGCAAUUACUGUAGCUGGUGGAAAUGGAGAAGGACAAGAAUCAAAUCAAUUCAAAUGCCCUUAUGGAAUCUUUAUCGAUGAAUACAAAAAUAUUUUCAUUGCUGAUUAUAAUAUUCAUCAUAUUGUUGAAUGCAAAUAUAAUGCAAAAGAAGGACAAAUCUUUGUAGGUGAAAAUAAACAAGGAAAUCGAAUGGAUCAAUUGAAUUACCCAACAGAUGUGAUUAUUAAUCAACAAAAUCGUUCAGUCAUCAUUGCUGAUCGUUGGAAUAGACGAGUGAUUCAAUGGGUGAAUCAAAAUCAACAAAUUCUUAUUGACAAUAUUGACUGUUAUGGUUUGGCAAUAGAUAAAUAUGGAUUCCUUUAUGCUUCUAAUGGUGUAAAGAAUGAAGUGAGACGAUGGAAAAUGGGAGAAUAUGAAAAUGAAGGAACUAUAGUGGCAGGUGGAAAUGGAAAAGGAAAUAGACUCAAUCAGCUCAAUCAUCCUACUGAUAUCUUUGUUGAUGAAGAUCAGUCUGUUUAUGUAUCAGAUCAAAAUAAUCAUCGUGUGAUAAAAUGGGGAAAAGAUGCAAAAGAAGGAAGAAUUGUAGCUGGAGGAAAUGGUCAAGGAAAAAAUCUCAAUCAACUGUCUUUACCUCACGGAGUAAUUGUUGAUGAUCUGGGUCAAAUCUAUGUGACAGAUUCUCAUAAUCAUCGAAUAAUGCGUUGGUGUGAAGGAAAAGAAGAAGGUGAAGUUGUUGUUGGUGGAAAUGGUAAAGGAAAUCAAUCAAAUCAAUUGAAUCUUCCCAGUGGGUUAUCAUUUGAUGAUGAAGGAAAUCUUUACGUUCCUGAUUAUUUGAAUCAUCGAAUUCAAAAAUUUGAAGUAAUUCCGUGCAUGAAAUUUAUUGUUAAAUAA